CCCACGUUCAAAAAAGCUUUCCCCUUCAGAUGGCGGGCAUAUCCAAAGAGCAAAUUACGUGAUUUCUCAUCAUCCUUUUUCAAUCUUCUGUGAGUGAACUAAUGCCAGUGAAAAUGAACGAUCCUGGAUACGAUUUUGAAUGCUCCAGAGCAGAACUUUUGGGUAUUGCACCACCUUCUUACGAUGAAUACUUAAAGAACGUCGCCGACAACGUAGAAAUAUCGAAAAAGGAGGACGAAACUGAAGAAAUUGAGACUUCAGAGUACGUGAAGAAUGACGACGAGAACUCCAAAGUUGCAGCGGGUAGGAAGUUGGACGAAAUCAACAAUAUUUUACAGAGCACGCAGGAGAAGUUGCAUCGAUUCAAGGCUUCAUACGGCUCCUUCACCAACGUAUUGAAGACGAAACUUGGAAAAAGCUUAGACAUUUCGUUCAGCCAAUCAGAAACCGAUGGAUCUCAGACUAUUGAUGAGACGACCCUAAAUCCAAACACAGAUAAAAGUGAAGAGGAGAUCAUUGGAUCGGUCGUUAAUGAUAACGAUAAGGAUAUUGGAUCCAAUGGAAUGAGGCAAAACGGACAGUCUGCCGAUAUAAGCAAUAGUGGGAAGGAAGACGAUGAGACGGCCUACAAGGAGAUAGAGCUGAACGACACCCAGGUCAAAAGUCCAGAAGUCAAGAAGUUCUUGAACUUCAGUUUUCUGAAUUUAGGAGGAAAAUAAUGAUGUUAUUACUUAUUUUCCGAUGCUAACUUGAUAUAGGAGCAAAUGCAUUAAAAGUAGGUAAAUUCUUAUAUGUGAAUUAGGAUGAAGAUUUCGAUGACUGAAAAAGAUAAUUGAAGUAGGCAAUUACUAACUGGAAGACUUUAGUUAUGUUUUGAAUAUGAUAAAUUUUCAUAUCUGGAGAGAAAAGUCAUUGUGCACUCCGAUACAAAUGACGAACUAUUAUAAACUAUUUUAAAGAGUUUUAUCUCAAAUUAAACAUCACUUAAAUCACUGUGAAGUUAAAUUUGAAUCCAAUUGAUAUUAUAAUCAUGUACAUAAUAAUUGCCACAUAAUCAAUAUUUCAUAUGAAGAAUUAAACAUCCCUUAUAUUGGUUUAUAUUAAACUAUGGUAGAUUAUAUUCUACGAUUUUAACGAUUCAUUCAAAUUCAUUCAUAUUAAAAAUAGUAAUUGAUGAGCCAAAGUAUGAACGUUCUUUUGAUCAGGUUUUUUCCGUAAAGUGAUAUUGAAUAAUGAAAUUAUAGAGGCCAGUUGCACCAUUUGCCUAAACAUUGAUUACAAAUUUAAACGUUGAUUACUCUAUGAUUUCUCAAGAGUUAUCAGAAAUUAAUCAAUGUUUAGGUAAAUGGUGCAACUGGCCCUAAGAAUCAGUAUUAAAUAAAACGUCAAAACGUAACAUCAUUGGGAGAGGUUGUCUACCCAAAAUAAGUUCUACCUGAUGCUCAUUCUGUUUCUAAUGCGAUUUAUAUUAAUAUUUUUUGGGGCGCGAGUAUAUAUACAUAUAUCAUUUAUAAUAGAUAUAGUUUUAGGGGUGACACUGAACCACGACCUUGAGGUUUAUUUGUGUACCUAUAGGUAAGUUCUAAUUUAUAAUAUCUAACAUAACUUUAUAAAUUACUAUUUAUAAAUAAUAGUAUCAAAGAGUAAUUAUUAUCCGAUAAAACACAGGAAACUGUUUGACGUGUAAAUUGAUUAUCGAAACAUGACAGAGGAAAGAUUAGAACAAAAUUCGAUAGCGAUAUAGUCAUAUGAAGAAUAUAUAUGGUUUGGUUUUGAAAUAUGGUUUGCCUACUGCUUCUAAGAAAUAUUCUCAUCGAACAUAUGUGCAAUACGAAGAUUUUCCGUUAUUCUAAUAUGAAUAACAUUAGUUUGUAAAAAAUAAAAUGUAUAACAAUCAUAACAUACCUUAUGUGUGUUAUAGGUUCACAGGAUGUUCCAAAAUUAGAGGUCAAUACACCGUAUAUUCUACGAUUGAAAAUAUUACGGGACAUUCAAAUUAUUUCGAAAAAUGUUUCUAGAUCCAGCAAAAGCCCCUCAAGGGUACAGAAAAAUGGGGUUUAUAGCUUUCACUUAAAUCACUCUGAAGUUAAAUUUGAAUCCAAUUGAUAUUAUAAUUAUGUACAUAAUAAUUGCCACAUAAUCAAUAUUUCAUAUGCAGAAUUAAACAUCCCUUUUUGGUAUAUUGGUUUAUAUUAAACUAUGGUAGAUUAGGUAUAUUCUAUGAUUUUAACGAUUCAUUCAAAUUUAUUUAUAUUAAAAAUAGUUAUUGAUGAGCCAAUGUAUGACCGUUCUUUUGAUCAGGUUUUUUCCGUAAAGUGAUAUUGAAUAAUGAAAUUAUAGAGGCCAGUUGCACCAUUUGCCUGAACAUUGAUUAAAAAUUUAAACGUUGAUUACUCUAUGAUUUCUCAAGAGAAAUCAGAAAUUAAUCAAUGUUUAAAUUUAAAUCAAUGUUUAGGUAAAUGGUGCAACUGGCCCUAAUAAUCAGUAUUAAAUAAAAUGUCAAAACGUUACAUCAUUGGGAGAGGUUGUCUACCCAAAAUAAGUUCUAUCUGAUGCUCAUUUUGUUUUUAUAUAUAGUAUAUAUACAUAUAUCUUUUAUAAUAGAUAUAGUUUUAGGGGUGACACUGAACCGCGACCUUGAGGUUUAUUUGUGUACCUAUAGGCCAGUUCUAAUUUAUAAUAUCUAACAUAACUUUAUAGAUAACUAUUCAUAAAUAAUAGUAUUGAAGAGUAGUUAUUAUUCGAUAAAACACAGGAAACUGUUUGACGUGUAAAUUGAUUAUCGAAACAUGACAGAGGAAAGGUUGGAAAAAAAUUCGAUAACGAUAUAGUCAUAUGAAGAAUAUUAGUAUUAGUUAGUAAUAUAUAUGGUUUGGUUUUGAAAUAUGGUUUGCCUAGUGCUUUUAAGAAAUAAUCUAAUCGAAAAUAUGUGCAAUAUACGUAGAUUUUCCGUUAUUCUAAUAUGAAUAACAUUAGUUAGUAAAAAAUAAAAUGUAUAACAAUCAUAACAUACCUUAUGUGUGUUAUAAGUUCACUGGAUGUUCCAAAAUUAGAGGUCAAUAUACCGUAUAUUCUACGAUUGAAAAUAUUACGGGACAUUCAAAUAAUUUUUUUUCGAAAAAUGUUUCUAGAUCCAGCAAAAGCCCCUUAAGCGGAAAAAUGGGUUUAUAGCUUUUCUCUGAAAAUAACUCAACAAAAAUUCUCAAAAUGGGGGCUUCAAGGAUAAAUUUCACAACAACUUUUUCAUACCUUAAUUUUUUUCAAAUUUUGAGGCAAAAACCUAAUGUUUGUACCAAAAAACGUACUCUUCUCUAUUUUUUCAAGCAGAGCAGAAUUAAAAACUUCUCAUGAUCGAAAUUUUGGUACGAUAAAGUUCUCGUUUGAAAUUUACCCCUGGAGCCCCCAGUUUGAGUCGCACCUGAUGUUUAUAGCACAUUUACAGUAGUAGUUGGAGCGUGUUUAGAGAGUGACAAAGUCAAACCAAAUUUAAUAAUUUUUUGCUGCAUUAGUUCUGAAAAAAAAUGAAUAGUAGGUAUCCAUCUUGAGACUCGUACCGGAUAAUUCGGUAGCAAAUUAUGGACAACUAAUUCUGGGACACCCUGUAUAAUAUAUACUACCCGUUAUGUUGAUAGAACAUAACGUUUUGACUUAUUUUCAUAAUAUAUAGUAAUAAUAAUAAUAAUAAUAUUUUAAUAUCACGUGAUAUUGAUGUAAAAACUUCUACCUAUGCAUAUAAUAUAGUACACUCAUUUUUGCAAUAAUGUAGGUAUAUGCAAAUGUAAAAAAUGUCGUAUCUCAUGUUAAAAGAUAUCUUACGGAUCUAAUUUGAACAUAUUCUCAUUAUAUACCUAGUUAAUAACUGUUCUUUUUCUUGAACCAUGAUUAGGAAAAGUUCUUGCUCUAUUGAAUGAUCUGCAAAAAAUCAUAUCAAAUAUUUGUAUAAGUGGAGAUAAUAAUAUGUUCACGUUGUCAUGUAUUGUGAAAGUAAAUUGAAUGUAUUUAUUUUGAAAUGAUCAUAUCAUAAAGGAAAAUAUAGAAAAUAAUAUUUAAAUUUGGAAUUGAAAUCAGCUGUUGAAGUGAGGAAAAUGUAUAUGUAAUAUGUAAAAUCUCCAGAAAAAUUGAGAUAAAAUAAGAAGGUGAAAUUUAUAAUGGUAGCUAAGUUCCUACAAUAUAUAUUUCAUUUUUUUUAAAUGUAUUUUCGAAUGUCUCCAGUUUGAUAUUAUUUAGUAUUUCGUAACUUUUGUCUAGAUCUUAUUUCUAUAUCUAAAUAGAGAAACAUGUAAUAAAUAUGAAUAUGAAAUGAAUUGGUUGAAUGAAUUGAUAAAUCGAAUAGCAAUAGUUAUUUCAAUAUUUUUUAUGAGAAGUGCUUUUAUAUGUACCUGCUUCAUGUAUAAAAUGUAUAUUUUUAUGUGCAAUAUUCAUGCAUGUUUGAAACGUUGAUAUUUGAAAAAAAAUGAAAACGCAUUAUUGGAACUUUAUGCAUUCCUAAACGGGUGUUAAGAAUUUAUAAAUAUUAGAAUCAUUAUAUCUUGAAAAUCUGAA